AUGACGUUCCCCAAUCAUAACGACGCUUUUUCACUGGCGGAGGCUUACAUAAAGUCUGAAGACUAUGGAUAUGGUGCUCACGAGUCAGAUCCCGAAUACAGAGAAGACAACAGUCAUGAUGUCCUCAAGAAGUGCCUUCACCAUCUAGGCCUGGCCAAGAACUACGCGCCGCAGUGGCUUCCCAGAGAUGCCUUCAGGGAAUUCUACCAAAAUUGGAAGGACGGCAUAGUUGAGUCAUUCGGAGUAGACCCCCAAUCCAUCAAGCCCGUUUUUCUUAGGAAUGAUGAUCAAGAGAUCCACAUCGCCGUUUCUGUCCGCACCCCGUCCGGCGUAGUCACAGACAACGAUCAACUUCUUGGCUACAUCCGCUUCCAGAGCAAACCAGGCUGUCUGGAGUUGACAAACUUCAAAGCCAAGCUUGAGCGGAAACAUCUUGACCUUGGGGAGACCACGAAGCGGAAUAACAACGCACUUGCAGGAGGGCACGGCGAGGGUUUCAAGUUGGCGGCGCUUGUGAUGCGACGUAAUGGACAUUCCGUCAGGUUUGAAACGAACUCCUUCUGCUGGAACUUCAGCUUCCGAGGGGCUCGCCCGCGUCUUUGUUGUCUGCUGGGCAAACCCCCGCCCAAAUUAAUGCAGGAACAGAGGGCUGAAUACACAAGACAACGGGCGGCCGGUCAUUCCCAACGAGGUCUCACUUCUUAUAUUUGGGAAGAUAUGACAGUCAAAAUAGGGAAAUCUAGGGACAGAGAGGGUGCUCAGAAGGUCACCGAGCAAGAUUUUCGUGAGUGGAUGAAGGUCUCCAUCGACCUGGACCCCCCGGCCGAAAACAAAAUUGUUCGCACAUGGCUGGGAGACCUCAUACUUGAUCCUCGGUUCCGCGGACGGAUCUAUCUGCAUGGCCUCCUCGUGGCUGAAUUCACAGGGCAUGCACCAGGGGGUAAAGAUUACCGCUUCGGCUACAAUUUCCACCGAGGCAGCAUCAACCGCGAUAGGCAGCGAAUGGCAGACGACCAUGAAGAGGCUGAAACGUUGGCCAGCAUCUGGGGUCUGGCCAUGCUGAAAGAGGGGGAUCCCGUAGUCGAUUCUUAUAUUCAAUUGUUCGCUGAAGAUGAGGAAUCACCCGACAUUGCGCAGGCCGACAAAUACGCUUCUAGGUUGACAGCACAGAGCAUCUGCAGGCGCCUGAAGGUGUCCCAUCCACAAACGUUCUUCUACUCUGAGAGAGGCGCAUCGGAACAGAAUGCGACCACAGACGAGGACAUCAUCUCGAAGGAACUUAAGAAACAGCCCUUCAAGCUUCGGAAGAAACUUUGGCAGAUCAUCAGACAAGACCCACCUUUAAUGCGCACGCCUCUCGAGGAAAGAAAUCGCUUGUUCGAGAGAUCGCAGCGAGUUGAGCCUUGUCAGGACAUAUUUGCCAUCAACAUUUGCCGGUCUUUGAAGGGCUCAUUUGCGCUGGAUCCGAGGCUGAGCAAUGUCAGAAUUGAAUUUGUCGAUGGAGCUGACACAGCUAUUGAUCUUCUUUACACGGUAGGCCAAAAUCUGCUCCAGAUACACGAAAAAUGGCUCCACGUUUCUCGGGUGCACCAGCCAUCAAGCUGCGAGUUUUUCAAAGUUGCUGGAGAACAGAUGACUUGCGACCGGGCCUUCUUCUGUGACCACGUUGUCCAGGAUCUACUCGAGGUUGCUUUCGAAGAAGUCCGCGUCCCACUCGGCCUGGCGCCAGAAAAUGCCGCUUGCCUUCGAAGAAAUGCUGUCGAAUAUCUCCGAAAAAUGCCACGGGCCAUCGAAGUGAGGGCUCUGGGUGCUGAAAAGAAGUUAGAGGUGAGAUGGACUGCCAACGAGAGCGGAGCUUUCGUGGAAAGAUAUGGGGCAAAUAUCCACUACUGGGUGACCCUUCAUAAAGAAAGUUCGUGUGGAUGGAAGAGGACAGAGGUUUUGAAUGACAUCGAUACCAAUCAAGGCUCGGUCAAGCUGGGUCAGGCAAGCAAUCACUGCGAUUGCCCAACUCGAACCGUCUCUCGAGCACAGUCCCAAGUUAUUUUCGAUGGACUCAGUACCGAUGAACUUUACUUUCCCAUGGUGUCAAGAGCUGAAAACCCAUCGUUUUUUGGGCUAGCACCGGUGGCUGUACUAUCAGCGUCCCCUGCUGACCAGGUCUUAGAUGCGGACCAAGAGUCCAGUCCGAAUUCUGAAACGGUGGAGAAUGACAGUGACUCAAAUGAAGAUUUCCGAGUCAGAGUACCAGCAACAAAUGUGCCAGCUCGUACGAAGAUUGUAUCGGAUAGAACGAAAUUGCGAAAGGAUGAGGAGGCGUGGCUGGAGUGGCAUCAGGGGCACCAUCCAAGUACAUUGUCUCGAUUCUUUUCUACGCCACCACAGGCUCUCCAGGCAAAUGGAGUUACCAUUCCUGCACUUCACAGCGAAGAUCUAAAUCAUACUUUCGAAAGAGACUGCUAUUUCUGGAUUGAUUUGGGAGGAGGUGAAGGCGGGAGCCAGAUCAUCUUUGUCCACAAAAUCUUCCAAACUCACAACCAAUCCGGAGAGAGCUAUUCCUUGCUCGUCACCAGGUACUUUGCUCUCAACUCGAUCUUUCCACCUGAGAGGCUCCAGACGACUGGAAAACCGGCAGCCAACAAUCGAGAAUUGAUCUUGCACUUUUGCGAUUUUGACAAGAUGCGAACGUCACAGGAUGCCGAGAUAAUCCUCCUUGAUGAUAUCAUAGCAUUUGCACGCCGAGUGGGGACUAUUCCAGGAAACAGCAUCAGUCACGUUUUUAAGCAUAUCCCAGAAACUGACUCCGAGGAGUACUUCUGUCGCUUUGGCUUUUGUAAUACGGUGGCAGAAGGAGGUGUCACUUCAAUAACUCCUCUGGCGUCUCACCUCUUGCUGCAUCACAAGGAUCUUUGGCAGCGACCUAGCUUUCACAGCAACGCAACGCCUCUGGCAUUUGAGUUGACUCCUUCUGUGUUGGGUGUUUCGGAAGGAUUUUCAAAGGAAGGGUUCAAGAUUCAAGCAGCCUUUGGCCUCGACGAAAUGAAACAUAAUACGUGGAUGAUCCGACACAACGUCGCUCAGUCCUUUGAUGGUGCGAUCCUGAACAUCUUGAAGGACUUCGACUCAGAGAAGCUCGUGCCGAUCCAGCUCCCAGGUCGAGCUUCUCCAAAAGUACUCCUUUUUGCAAGCGAACACUCCUGUUUUCGACUAGACCCUCAGAAUCGUCAGAUGCCGACAUUGCGCCAAUUUUUGAAGCCUCUCGACGCCAUUGACGAAGCUGUCGUGUCGUUAAAGCCCGAUUUCGUCGUCAUGUUAUUGCCUCCGGCUGUUCGUCAUCCCUCGGCAAUCGCAAGAUUCUCUAAAACGCUUCUCGGACUUCUGCAAAUGAGGUUUUCGGUUCACUUGACGUUACUUCGGUUGAAGAAUUACGGUCUCCCGCAAGAAAGAAGCAUUCUCGCGAUUGUCGCGUCGCCAUUUUGCGCGCCUUUGCCUUGGAAGUUCGAUCGAUAUGCUGAUGAACCCGCCACAAUUGGUGGUUUGAUUGUAGACCUGGCUUUCAAGAAUCCUCGGAUGGAGAACAAGUCGAACACUGGGUUUGUGUGCUUGCAUCCCAAUGCCGGCGGACCUCGGGGGGAAAUGUCCAGGCUUGACCAUGUCUACAAUCACUAUACAGGAAUUCGUGUUGGACCUGGCGCCGAGUCUAUCUCAAUGGACGGCGAUACCAUUUUCACCUUCUUCAAUGACCGAAAAGAGUGGGCCCAUCCAGGCAAGUUUUCUUUCCGUCCGGAAUUUCCUCCAACCAUCUGA